CUAAUCUCUACUUGUGUGAUCCCUGGUCCCUGUUUCUUUUUUCAGAUCGAGCCCACCCUGUGUCGACAUUGUCUUGUUUGGUUUGCAUUUUGUAACUUGUGUGCGAGUGGAAAAGGCUUUGCUUCCCAGACCCACGUGAGGGCUAAUCUCGGAAGCCAGUCUUUGCAAUGCAUUUAGGAUUUGUUCUGGUAUCGCUUUAUAUGCAGUGUCUUAACGGUGCACCUAGAGCUGAUUGCACGAUAUACCCCUCGCCCUCACUCGUGUUGACAGGUCUUUUAGCAUUAUCCGACAUUGUGCGAUUACAGGUGGCGCUCAAGACGCGUGAGAAAAGGCUGCACGACUUUCCAAAAUAAAAAAAAAGACUCACGUCGCAAGAGUGGGGAUGACGUAAUUCUGACCUGUCGCACAGGGUCGGAGACCCAUCGACCCCGACCAGAAAUUAUGACAGAGUCUCAGGCAACAUUUACCCCAACCCUCCAGCCUCCAGCCCAACUAUACAACCGUGUACUGACUGACAUAGAUCGUGCACAAAACAUUUUCACAUUAACUGAAAUGGGUGGGUAUAUUUUGGGCAGCUACCGGCAGCAGCGGGACCUUUAUAAUGCCGGUAGAAAUGUUACAGGUAGUAACACCUGCCUUUUAUUUACUGAUUGAUUUAUUAAUGUAUUUGUUAAUGACUGUAUUUAAUUAUUACCGGUGCGAUGCUGCGAAUUCCUGUUUUGCUAGAGGCUGGGUGUGACGCGCGAUCCCUGUGGUUUCCGAUCUAAGCGCUGCGCCUCCAGCGCUUCUCUCUGCGUUGUCGCUCGACCUAUCUUGCAGCAGGAGCAGCAGCAGAAAACACUCAGCCAGAAGGAAACGCGUCGGAGUCGUGAAGCGCUUUGGUUGUGCGCUUGCUAGAUUACUUCCAGAAGGCUUGUUUGCAGGACAGAGAGACCGAGACGCACGCACCAAACCAGUCUAUAGUAGUCGUUUUAGUGUCUGUUGACUGACAGAAAAAGGAGGAAGAAACAACAUUCAAUAAAACCAGAAUUCAAAAGACGGAGAUGUUAAAGAACCCGCUUGCAAAAUGCAACGAUUUCUUCCGAAGAAAAAGCUCCGCCGGUCCGGUAUUUGGGGUGUACUGGCCCUCCUCGCCCUCUCUGUCUCUCUAGUUAGCCUCUCUUGCACGGCGCUCUCAUGGGGUCACGCUCGCAGCCUGACGCGCUCUCUCCAGACUCUGCAAGAUCGCCUGGUGCAGGCGGAUUUGCAGCGAGAAGCGACGGUGCAGCUGCUGAUGGAGCAGCGGAACCUGCAGGGAAAGAGAGUCAAGAGAGCGGCAGACUUGAAGAAGAAAAGGAGUCACAAGGCUGUGGUAGCCGCGCAUUUCGAGAUAAAACCAGAGAACACUGUCGGAGCAGCUUCCAGUAACAUCAUCAAAGGCUGGACCGAGGUGGAUCUCAACACCAGCGCUCCGGUGAAUUAUGAUUCCAGCACGGGAGGGUUCACAGUGCAAAGAGCCGGGCUGUACUACCUGUACUGUCAGAUUCAUUUCAUGGAGAGAGAAAGUGCUUACCUGAAGCUGCAGGUGUAUGUGGGGAAGGUCCCACUGUUCAGCUGUCUCCAGAGCUAUGGGACGACCCCGUCCUCCUCCCCGUCCACCAAGCUGGGAGACUUCUUCUCCUGCCACGUGUCGGGGCUGGUCAGGCUGACGGUCAAGGAGAAGCUGACCGUCCAGACCUUCAGGGGGGUGAACCUUCGCUCCAGACACGACCUCAACUACUUCGUCCUCUUCAAGGUCAAGUGACCCCUGGUGGAAAGCGAAGGGAAGCGCAGACGGCCGGAUCUUUUUUUUUUUUUUUUACGCCACUGCUUUGUCGUGAGAUUCUCCAUCCAGUUUUACAAACACAUAUUGCAGGGUGCAACUCCAAAACUUUUACAGGACCGCUGAAU